GUUCGAGCAUCCAAAGACUCCAAGUUUAAUUUUCUUUUAUUUUUGUUGUAAAAUCCGAACGUUUUAUAAGUUCAGAUUAUUUUAAUAUUAUUUUCCCGCUGUAUUAUUCAACAAUCUUAAGGUAGUAUUGAUGGAGUUUGGAUUCGGCAUCGUGGGUUCUUCCGACAACAGAAUAAGUUGCGAAAUUCCAGUGGAAACCUCUUCGGUUGCCAUGGCUGUGCCGUCCUCACCACUAUCCUUCGGGGCAAGUGUGGGGGCCGCAACCAUGACGUCAUUUUCAAUGCCGAGCUCGAUCUUCAGGACGGCCCCUCGACCCAUUCCCGGGCUCGAAACCACGGGGGAUCGCCCUGUCGAUAAUUCGAACCCGUUUCUCAGACCGACUAUGGCUUCGGCCUCAACGGUCAACUUUGGACCGAACGCAGCAAGAUUCCCCCAGCCCAAUGAAGCCAACAACCCCCUCGUGGCGAUGGUGAACCAAGCAUGGUACCACAACAACUAUCUCGCCAUCAACAUUAUCUUAGAGGGGUUGGGAGAUUCACUGUACCCCGUCUAUGCCGGUGCAACGCUUGCCAAGGAGCUUUGGAAUAGCUUGAACAAAAAGUUUCAAGCUAAAGAUGCCGGCACAAAGAAGUUCAUCGUUGGGAAGAUGCUGGACUACAAGAUGGUCGACAGCAAAUCUAUUGUCGCCCAGGCUGAGAAGCUUAUGCUUAUCUUCAACAAGUGCAAUGAAGAAAAAGUAGGCGUCAGCGAGGCCUUCCAAGUGGCGGCCAUCAUUUACAAACUUCUUAGGUCGUGGGAAGAUUUCCAAGCCGACCUCAAGCUCAAAAGAACAUAGCUGAACUUGGAGCAAUUGCUCACGCGGUUGAGGAUCCGAGAGGAAGAGCUUGCAAGAAGAAGUGGAGGGGCAAAGGCGAAUGUGGUAG